UUUAAAAAGUUUGGGAGCUGCGUCGGUAAUAUUUACGUAAUAAAAUACACGUCCUCAAUCACCAAAAAAUAAUUAAAAAUAAAUUUAAAAAAAUCCCCACCUUUCCCGCGGGCGACUGUGUUUUGGUGGCGCAUCAACUUCGAUUUUAUGAUAAUACAAGAAAACCUUUGGUUGAAAAGCCAAGUCACCCAUCUAUAAUAACACCAGAUUACAAAUUGAUCCUCAGAAAAAGAAAAACACGCACAAAAAAAGAAAAGAUUGAUCAAAUGGAUUUCACCGAUCGAUGGCAACUGGAAUCACCAUUUUUCAUAUAGAAUAGAAAUAAUCAUAGGUUGUUCCUUCCUAAUCUGAUUUUGUUGGUGGGUGUUUUGUGUGUAAUUAUGAAGUUUUUCUUGUGUUGUGGGUCUGGGACUCGGCAGCAGCCACCGGAGGAGUCGAGAUUGCUGGUAGUGCCAGAAGCUCGCCCCCGCGUAGGGAGGAAGCGGGGAAGGGAGAGGCAUUGUGGAGUUCUUGAUUGGCGACCCUCUCUUUCAUCAAUUUCGGAGGAUAACGUUUUGCCGGAAAGGAAUACUAUACAACCGCCGCCGCCGCCGCCGCAGAUCCCUAAGAGGAAGGGUGAUGGUGCAUCCAUUUCACCUCGAGAUCGUGCGCAUUCUUCGCAUCAAAAUGGUGUCAGGCAAGCUUCUGUUCCAGCAGUUUUGCCUACGCUUUCCCCUUCGCCUUUCUUGUUUCUAUAGAUUAUGGAAGAUUAAACUGUGUAUAUAUGGAAUAAAUCCAUUUAAUGGAAUCGUUCAAUGUAUAUAGUGUAUGGAUUAGCUUAAUUCAAAUCAACAUUGAACUUGUUCUUGUUUCUUUUUUCAUUGUUUGAGUUGUAUAUUGAUCUGAUUACCUUGGAAUCUCUGUAAAUAAAAGAUGGGAAGAUGACUUUGAAUUA